GCUGGCAACUCAGUUGGUGAUGGCCAGCAACCAAAAGAACCAAGCUUGGCAGCCGAGGAGGCUCCUUUGGAGGUGAACGUGGAAGUUGGUAGUGUGCCUGGCGACGAACAGGCAGAUGGACAACAGGUGGUGGACAAAGCUCCGGCCUUCACUGAGAAGGAGCGCGCAAACUAUGAGAGGACAAUUUUUGAGCAGAGCUUGGCAUCGAUUGGCGCAGGCAUGCCUGCCUUGCCAUGGGAGCAGGGCAUCUUCAAGGAGAUCUUUGGAGAAGCAAAGUCGGACGACUGGCCCACGCUUGAAGACUUGGUUGCAUAUCCUGCUGGAGCUGCCCCUGGAUCGUCAGACGAUGCAAGGCUGAAAGUUGAAGUCACAGGUGUCACAUCGUCCUUGCCUGGAGACAUGCCGCUGUAUGCAAAGCACAUCAAAGCGCUGUGCGACAGAGACUAUGCGGCGACGUUAGAUCUUACCUGGACUAAAGCUCUGGCAAGUUGGUUGAUCGUUCUGGAAGACUGCAACUUCGAAUCGUCAGUUGGUCGCUACGUCCAGGAGAAGCUGCAGUCAAUGGACAGGGAUGGCGCUUUGCUGUGCAUCAGAGAUGCGUGCGGGGUACGGUCACCCUCCACCGUGUUGAAGAGAGCCCGAGACCUGAUUCUCUUCGUGAAGUGGUGCGAAAAGAGCGACCUGCGGUGGUGGCCCAUCAAGGAGCGGAACCUUCUCGACUACCUGCAGGGCAAAGAGGACGAGAAGCGCAGCAAGUUCAUUGGCAAGAACCUCAUCCACGCUCUAAAGUUUUUCAAGUACAUCAUUGGAGCAGAGUUCAACAUCGAAGCUGUGCUGGGCCCAAUGCUGACCGGGAAGGUGAGCAGAGUUUUGGCGACUAGGGACCCGACUGAGCAAGCUAGGCCCUUGACAGUGGCCGAGGUUCUGAGGCUCGAGGUCAUGCUGGACACAGUCAGGAACAAGUAUGACAAGUACUUCAUCGAGUGCAUCCUCUAUGCUAUCUACUCUCGCUCAAGAUGGAGCGACAUGGCCAACAUCCAUCACUUCUUCUUCGACGUGAUAGACACCAGUGAUGGCCCCUUCGGAUUCGUGGAAGCCAGAACCAGGGUCCACAAAACUUCGACCACUGCAGAAAGGAAAGCGAUGUACAUGCCGUAUGUGGCCUCGGUGAAUGGCAUCGGCAGCGGCAGCUGGGGCCUCAAGUGGAAAGCCGUUCUUGAAGAACUUGGGCUGCUUGACUUGGGAGCGCCUCACGGUCCAAUCUGCAGAGCUCCUACGGUUGACGGUGGCUUCACCAAAAGGCCCGUGUCGACGAGUGAGGGAACGAACAUGAUCAAUGCUUACCUGGGAUACAAAGAUGGUGACAAGGCCGCCACGACCACACAUUCCCUGAAGAGCACCCUUUUGGUUUGGGCAGCGCGAUACGGCUUGAGCGAGCCAGUACGAGGUCUGCUGGGGCAUCAUUCUCUGAAAGAGAAUAGUGUAGCACGCUACAGUCGCGACAUGUUGAGCCAGCCCAUGCGAGAGCUUUGCGCCAUGGUCUACAACAUCAAGCUCGGGAAUUUCGUGCCAGACGGGACACGCUCGGGGUGGAUGGUGCGGAAACAGGCACCGUUGUUCGAGCCACGUGUACCUGACGACGAUGAGGCAGAUUACUUUGGGAGUCCAUCGGUUUUUGAGGGCGAGAAGGAUGUUUCUGCCGACACCGGCUUUGACCCGAACAACCCCUUCGGAGAGCCUGAACGAUCUGGCAAUGUCGAAGAGCGCUGCGAAGAGGCACAAGAAGGUGGACGUGAUGGCGAAGACGAAGAUGUCGAAGGCUUCGUGGAGAGUGCCAGUGAGAGUGAAAAUUCGAGUGCAAGUUCCGACAAUGAGGAGGAGCUGCACAAAGAGAAGGCCAGCGUCAUUGAGAGCGGCUUGGAGCCCGAGGUGAAAGGGCCUUUGAUGCAAAACAAAAGAAGUCGCAUGCUGCACACGCAGAACCCUGACCCGAAGAACCAUUUGCAGCCGGUUACGUCAUGUGGACUCCAUGGCAGCGGUUUCACCGUCUUGGCAGAGGGGUCGAUUUUUAGCUGGCCCAAAUGCAGCAAGUGUUUCAAAGAUGCUGACAACAAGUCGGUGAUAGAUGUAGUCAACGCCAGCAAGCGUCGGCGGCUCAGCAACGAUCCCGCCUCGAGGGCUCUGCGAUUGCAAGUAGACAUGAUUUCAACAAGAUGUUCUAAGUAUGCUUCAUAUGAUCGUCAUGGGAUUCAAUAUUUUGUUUUCUUGAAGCUCGCACACCCCUCGUUGAUCAUGGCAGCAGCAACCAACCUCACGGAGAGCACUGCAGCGUUUGAAAAGCAAGCGGCGAACUUGGGGCUGGAAGCUGGAUGGACUCAAGCUUUGAAGAAUGCCGGAGUCACAACGUUGGGGCGGUUGGCCUUUAGUUGUGGUCAGCCUGGGACGCCAGUCACCGAGCAGGACGUCCGCAACCUGAUGACGGCAAGUGACCCUGGUGGUGUCAUUUCGGUUGGUGAUCUUGCAACAAUGCGGAGGUUGGUCUUCGAAGCACAAACGGCCGUGGUGGCCUUGGCCAGAUCUCAAGCCGAUCCGAAUGCAGACCCGACCUUGAGGAAAAUGCCACCAGCAGAGCGGAGCUCACGCGUCGCCAAUCAACGUGUGAGACUCCGAGGAUUGUCGAUGGAAGGGAACAUGGAAGUGGCCUACCAGGUCUACGACCAGCUGAAUGGAAUGAUGGAGGCUGACACCUUGAAGUACUUGGCACCAUCAAAGUGCAUCACCAGGAUGCAAGAGAUCACUUCAGCCAAGCCACCCAAAGAGCUGAAGCUGGACACCAGUGGCACUGGCAUCACAGUCAAAGAUUCCAUCACAGAGCAGCAGUGCUCAACUGGCACCGAGUUGGACAUGUUGGAGGCCAUGACGCGCCGGAGCCUCGCCUUUGAUGCGAUGGGCUUGGUUGACUUCCACAUCUUCCAGAAGUGGAUCCAAUACCUCUUCAACUUGAUGCGCCAGGCUCCACCUCCAAACUUCAAGGCACCCACAUUGACACAGCUGCUCAGGGCAGACCGUCAAGCAUUUGUUCGACUUCAGGAGUUGAGCCGCGACGGCGUCAAACCCCAUGCAGAUGGGACUCGGCCUUUGGACGACUUGAUCGACAACCUUCCCAAGGACCACACAGUGGUGUACUACAUGCUGCCCACGGCCCAGGAGAAAACGCACUCAAAGCCUGCAAAACCGGCAACGCAGAAGACAGAAACUGCGUCAUGGAAGAACUGGGCCACUGAAAAGAGUUCUUCGUGGAAGAGUGCAAAGCAGACGCAAUGGAAGAAGGGCGGCGGCAAGACUGGUGGAUCCGGGAAGUUGCCCUACCAGUUGAAGAAUUGUGCCUCAGCCACACCAGAAGGCAAACGAUUGUGCUUUGCCUACAACAUCGAUGGGUGUGACAAGGCAGCAGCAGGCGACUCGUGCGAAAAGGGCAUGCACGUUUGUGGUGGCGAGGCGCAAGAGACCAGGCCGUUCUGCAUCGAAUUUUGCUCCGGCACCGGUGGCUUAACGGCUCAGCUGCGAGCGCUUGGCUUGACCUCCAGCUAUGGAGUAGAUCGAGUCGUGAAACCACGAUCCAAGUGCCCCAUCGUCAAGGUUGACCUCACAACUCCACAUGGCGAAGCGCUAGCCAAGAGUUGGUUAUCGAAUCCACUGUGCGCUUACGCGCAUUGGGGCAUUCCGUGUGGCACUGCACCCCGGGCUCGCGAGAUUGACCUCAACGACGGAGAAUAUCAGCCACAACCCUUGAGGAAUGAUGCAUACCCCGAAGGUCUCCCAUGGCUGACAGGAGACGAUGCAGAACGAGUUCGGCUGGCAAACAAAGUGUACGAAGUUUGUUGUCGCUUGAUUUUGUUCUGCCACUUCAACAACAUCAGAUGGUCGGUGGAACAGCCAGAGCGAUCCAUUUUCUGGCUGACAAAAUUCUGGAGAAUGGUUUUGCAACAUCUCACGCCCAUCUAUGUAGUGUUCAGUGCUUGCAUGUAUGGUGGCAGUCGACCCAAACGAACAGCAAUCGCCACCGACAUCAAAGAGCUGCAGCAGCUGGCAUGCGACUGCACUGGAAAUCACAAACACUUGCCAUGGGGCCGAACAAAGUCUGGCUUCGCAACAGCUGCGGAGGUUGAAUAUCCAACGGAGUUAUGCAAAGCUUGGGCUGCGGCAGUUUUCCGAAGCAUCUCCAAACAGUUCGACUUUGAGCAGUCUGUCCUGCCGGCACAUCCCGACAAGAAAGCCAGGGCGAGUACAGUCAAACAAACUCGUAAGUCCCUGGCGUUUAUGCAAGAUUACAGCCAUGUUGAGACAGCACGCUUUCAGACAGCACCGAAGUUUCGUGUUGGCUCCAAGCUGCCUACCGCCCUUGGAGCCGACAAUGCUAGCCUGCCAGCACAUGCUCGCAUCCUUCGCAUCUCCCAGAUUCCUUCUCACCAAGACAGGGGGGAGAGCAGUGAGAAGGCAACCAUGUUUGAAGUGGCAUUUGGCGUUCCAUGGAGUGAAGACGCAUUCAUCAAAGAAGCGCUACUCAGGGGGCACCCAGUGCACUUGUUCGAGAGCCUACAUUCCAACCUCUCCAAUGCCAUUCGUAGCAAUGUGAACGAAAAGCCCGAAAAGAUCGUGGCCGACAGAGCAGCAUGGUUCAAGAAAUGGACUAGCAGGGCACUGGAGCUCAGAGAACCAGAAGCAGACCUGCACAGGAAGAUGCCUAGCCACAGAAGGCAGAUUCUCGAAGGAAAAAGGAUCUUGCUGCUCAGGGAGAUAAUUGAGGACAUGAAGUACCCGGACCCCGGCAUCGUGGAUCUCAUUGAGAAAGGGUUCGACUUGGUUGGAGAGGCAGGAGGAGGGCUUGUUCUGCCCAGAGAUUUCGAACCAGCGACUAUGUCUAUCCAGGACCUCGCCCACCAUGCCAAAAGUAGCAACGAGGCAAUCUUCCAUUCCACCAAGUCCAGUGGCGACUGUGAGGUCGACGAAGAACUAUGGAAGAAGACUUGCGAGGAGGUAGAAAAGGGAUGGCUCUCAAGCCUUCCACCCUCUGAGGUGCCCCAUGGUCGUCUGUCUCGGAGGUUCGCAGUUGUUCAAGGAGGCAAAGUUCGACCCAUCGACAAUUACUCUGAGAGCCAAGUCAAUGAUGCCGUCAACGUCACAAGCAAGUGCACAGUGGACGGAACUGAUUGCAUCGCUGCCAUGAUUGCCGAGUACAUGCGUUUGUGCGAGGACAAAUCUGUGAGCCCCGAGUUGCUGGGCAGAAGCUUUGACUUGAAAAGUGCAUACAGACAGUUGGCGGUCUCAGAUUCCUCUUUGAAGUGGGCACGGCUGGCCGUCUACAACCCGAGCCUCAAGAUCACUGAGGUGUUUCAGCAGCACUCUCUGCCGUUUGGCGCCAAGGCGUCCGUGAUUGGAUUCCUCAGAUGCGCCAGGUUGAUCCAGUGGCUCGCUCAUUCCUUGAACAUCAUGGUCACGUGUUACUUCGAUGACUACGUUUGCGUGGCUCCCAGCAGCUUGGCAAGGAACACGGACCAGGCGUUUUGCCUCUUGCUGGACCUGUUGGGGUGGAGGUAUGACGUGAGUGGCGAGAAGGCUGACAGCAUGAGCCAUGAGAUCUCUGCGCUAGGGGUGAUGGUUGACCUCUCCGAGACCUCAGAGGGUAGAGUCAUGAUUCGCAACACAGAGAAGCGGAAGCAGGACCUCUCGGGCCAGAUUGACCGUGCCCUGUCGAGCCGAAGAUUGACCACUCACGAAGCAACCUCUCUCAAAGGCCGCUUGGGAUUCGCAGAAGGUCAACUUUUUGGACGGGCGACCAAGCGUUUGAUCAAUGUCCUUGGUUUGCAUGUGCUACAUCCUCCGAAGCGUGGAGUACUGAGCGAUGAAACGGUGAGCGCUAUGCUUCAAGUCAAGGGACGGUUGUUGAAUGCCCAGCCUCGUCUCGUGAAAGCUGAUGUGGGAGACGUCUUCUUCUUGUUCACGGACGCUUGCUUCGACUGUGAAGCCAAAGAGGGUGGUGUCGGUGGAGUGUUGAUCGACCAGACUGGUUGUGUAGUAAGCUGGUUUGGUGGAGAAGCAAGCCGCGACUUUUGUGAAUCCUUCAUGGCUGAGGAUCAGGAGCAGGCGAUUGGAGAACUUGAAGCUUUUGUUGUCCUGGUAGCCUUCCGAGUGUGGCAGGACCUGCUGCGGUCCAAACAUUUGUUAUGUUUCAUCGACAACGAAGCUGCGAGGUAUUUGAUUUUGAAGGGGUAUUCCAAGAACCCGGUCCUCUGCAACAUCGUGCACCAUCUCGCCAAAGUAGAAGAGGAGCUGUUCAUUUUGCCUUGGUACGCUAGAGUGCCUUCGGAGUGCAACAUAGCUGAUCCACCCUCGAGAUCGGUGCCUCAUGAAUUGUUGCCGGAAACCUCGAGGGUCCCUAUGCCAGACUUGAGGUCAGUGCUGGACGAAGCGAGCAAGCCUUUGAGCGCCUCCUAA